GUCCUUCGCCCAGAAAUCCAAGAAGCUGCCCCCUUCUUUCACUAGGCCGCAACAUUUUGAGUGCCCCAUUUCCACAUAUCAAAUGCUAUUAAGCUCUGCCUCCCCUCUCUCUGCCGGCCGGCCCUAGGGCUGGAGUCUCCCUCUCUCGCCUCUCUCGUCCUCCUCUGCUUUCUUGCGCAAAGAGCGAAGCGAGCGAGCGACUGCAACCUCCCCCCAGCGAUGGAUCGCGACCGCGUGGAGGAAGGCUUCGCAGGCGCGAACAUGUCUUCCUCGACCUACGUGGGCAGCAGCGACGGCGCUCUCUCGAAGCAGAUGUCACAGAUGUCGCAGACGCAGAUUGAGAAACGGGGCUCAUCCAACUCUUCGGGAUCGCUCGACGCUCACACUCGUCCCAUCAAGCUGGAUUCCAAGGGCCUGCCUCUCGUGCCCCAACCCAGUCGCUUCACCGACGACCCACUGAACUGGUCGCCGUGGUUGAAAUGGGCAGUCCUUAUCCAGGUCGGCUUCAUGGCCUUCCUGGGCCCGUACAACGCAGCGCUCAUCAACCCGUCGCUCGUCCUGCUCAGCAAGGGCAUCGGCGUCGACUCCAAGACAGCCGCCUACACGACGACCACGGGAAUCAUCCUGGGCGGGAUUUCGCCGUUCCUCUGGACACCCCUGACCAAUUAUUAUGGCAGGCGGCCAAUCACGCUAUGUGCCAUUCUGCUCACCAUCCUGGGCGGUGUCGGCUCAGGGGUAUCCCCAGAUUUCAGCGCCUUGCUCGGGACGAGAGCGUUAUGUGGGUUCGGCUUCGGGGGCAUGAUGUCAGUCGGCACGGCGUGUUUGAAUGAUAUGUUCUUCCUGCAUGAACGAGGAGCGAAGACGGGAGUUUACUCAAUAUUCGUCACGAACGGUGCUCAUGUUGCAGCGCUCAUCGGCGGCUUCCUAGGCCAGGCAGAAGGAUGGAGAUGGGACUACUGGCUCGGCGCAAUCAGCACCUCGCUCUCCUUCGCCGUCGCACUCUUCCUCUUCCCUGAAACCCUCUUCUCUCGAGAUCCCAUCUUCCUCUCCACCCGCACACGGACACGAACGUACUUCCAACUCCUUUUCGACUUCAAAGGCAACAUGAUCCCCGGUCGUCGUCUGCAUGCUAGCGACUUCCUCCAAUCUUUCAAAAUGCUGAAGUAUCCAUCAAUAUUAUUUCCAGUUUGGUAUUACGCCUGGGGCUGGACAUUCAUUAACGUCAUGCCCGCCAUCACUCUCGCUACCAUCUAUUCUCACUUCUUCAAUCUGAAGGCAGGACCCAUUGGCGCGUGUCUCGGAAUCUCGUUAAUGAUCGGCUCGUUCCUGGGCGAGUUCUUCGCAGGCAAAGCCUCCGACCUCCUCAUGACCUACCUCGCCAAACGUCAUGGCGGGAAGCGAAAACCUGAACACAGAUUAUACCUCUGUACACUCAGUGCGCUGUUCAUGCCCGCAGGCCUAAUAAUCUUCGGCAGCACAGUCUCCUCGCAACCCUCGUACCUCAUCCCACUCAUCGGGCUGGGCGUUGGCGUCUUUGGUCUCCAGAUCGCUAGCACGACGCUCUAUGCUUACGUCUCUGACUGCUACAAGCCACAGACUCCUGAAAGCGGCGUGCUGUUUAACCUGAGUCGUGGCCUGUCUUUCAUAGUCGGAUACUUUGCUCUCCCGUUCGCCGGGGCGGUGGGGUACUUUUGGGCUUGGUUUACCUUCGCCGCCGUCCUCUUCGUGUCGUUCUUUCCCAUAGUAUCGCUAAUGGUCUGGGGUGAAAAAUGGAGGCGAAAACUCGGAGAGCCUAAUUUCCACAGAUAUCUCUGAGGCGGUGUUUGAUUAUGUUGUCCCGGUCUAUGGUGGGAAUGGAGCGUGGAGUUUUGGGGUGGGUCAUCAUCUUGGAUUGGAGUUUGUUGCUGUACAUAUAUAUACCCCAGUUGUCUCUCGGUGCCAAUGCAUGGAGAGCUGCAUUGGAGGACAGAGUUGUCUGUCAAGAUGGAAGAUUCAGAAGUCUGGCUGGCUACUAGGGAUGUGUGAUACUUGUACAAGUUGGCGGCCUCCCGAUUGUACUUAAACGAAAAACAAAGUAAUGCCGAUCGAAUAAACCUUAUCCAGCGG